GAAAACACUUCCUGUCGAGGUCAAACGGGAAAUAGUAUCGUCUAAGAGCCGGUGUACCUCCGUGCAUAAAAUGGCUGGCAAUUAUCCUACCGCCCCGCCAGCAUACAACGAGCUUGUCGAAGAUCCUUCUUCUAGCAGUCGAAUACAAAAUGCUAUUCCUGCCACCCAAGUCGAGAUAAGUGUGAAAUGCACAAAUUUAGCAGACAUGGAUGUUUUUUCAAAGUCAGAUCCAAUUGUUGUUCUUUUUAUAAAAGCAACAGAUGGAAGUGAAUGGAGAGAGUUUGGUCGAACAGAGAAGAUAAUGAACACUUUAAAUCCAAUUUUUGUCAAGAAGUUUGUCAUGGACUAUUUUUUUGAAGAAAUACAGCAUCUCAGAUUUCAAGUAUAUGACGUAGAUUCAAGCUCAGCAAGUUUGUCAGAUCACGAUUUCAUCGGUAGAUUGGAUACAACACUUGGGUCUAUUAUUGGUGAGCAUGGCGGACAUUUUGAAUCAAAACUUGAAAAUAAAGAAAUGCCAAAGUGUGGAUCGAUAAUACUUACCGUUGAAGAAGUUAGCGAUUGUAGGGAUGUCGUAACUCUACACUUCAAAGCAAACAAACUUGACAAAAAAGAUUUCUUUGGAAAAUCAGAUCCAUUCCUUGUGUUUUAUCGAUGUAACGAAGAUUCGAGUUUUACAGCAGUUCAUAGAACUGAAGUUAUAAAGAAUACUUUAAAUCCAACGUGGAAGGCAUUUUCUGUGUUAUCAAGAGCUCUGUGUAAUGGCGAUUAUGAUAGGUCAAUCCUUGUGGAAUGUUACGAUUGGGAUAGAAAUGGAGGGCAUGAUUUUAUUGGUCAAUUUUCAACAACGUUACGAGAGAUGAACGAUAAUGGACAGCAGGGGAUCACGUGGGAUGUUGUCAGUCCAAAGAAGCAGGCGAAGAAGAAGAAAAAGUACACAAACUCUGGAACUGUCACGCUUAUGCUGUGCACAAUCGAACAGCAGCCAACGUUUUUAGAUUUUAUUCGAGGGGGAACCCAAAUAAACUUUGUUGUCGCUGUCGAUUUUACUGCGUCAAAUGGUGCCCAGGACAACCCCAACUCUCUGCAUUACAUAAACCCGUAUGAGCAAAAUCUUUAUGUAAAAGCAUUGACAGCCGUGGGUAGAAUAUGCGAAGACUAUGACACAGAUAAACAGUUUCCCGCGUUUGGCUUUGGAGCCAGACUCCCGCCUCAAUGGCAAGUCUCGCACGAGUUUGCGCUGAAUUGGAAUCCCAGUAAUCCUCAUUGUAACGGUGUUGCUGGGGUGAUCCACAGUUAUCACGAGUGCAUUCAGCGAGUACAGUUGUAUGGUCCAACAAACUUUGCUCCUGUUAUCAACAGCUGUGCGAGGAUCGCAGGUGAUAGCGUCAGACGUAACCAUGGUGAUGACUAUUUUGUCCUUCUUAUCCUGACUGAUGGAAUUAUUUCUGAUUUGGCUCAAACCAAAGAAGCCAUCGUAAAUGCAGCAUCUUUGCCGAUGUCUAUUAUCAUAGUUGGUAUUGGACCGGCUGAUUUUGAGGCGAUGGAAGUUCUUGAUGGUGAUGUCAUUCGACUUUCUUCGCGAGGUCGAGAGGCUGAGCGUGAUAUAGUACAAUUCGUACCAUUCCGCGAUUAUUUGGGCGGCCAUAACAAUCGUGGUGACGUCAUGAGUGGCGCGAGACUGGCAAAGGACGUGUUAGAAGAACUGCCUGAUCAGUUCUUAGAAUACAUGAAGAAACGUAAUAUUAAACCACGAGAACCAAGAUUUUAAAAUGAGCUUAUUCAUCAACGAUAAUUAUCAUGGCUAUACUACACGUGUAACUCGUAGUCAUGGAGUACGCUAGAGAGUACCUGUAACUGGACAUAUAUAGAUCAGUAGCCGUAAAAGAAAAGGAGAUUUAAAAGCCUUCGGUAUGAGCAUAUUUAUGAGGUAUGAGCAUAUUUAUGAGAGGUAUGAGCAUGGAAUAAACAGCGUCACAGCGAUGUAUCAAAAUUUUGACUUGAUGAUGCGAAAUGGUUGGAAAAUCUAAACCAAGAAUGUUUGAAAGAAACUAGUUCAAAGAACAGUCUCAGAAAACGUUUUCUCAUCAUAACGAUUAUAUUUUAUAUUACAAACAACAUACAACCACAGAUAUGAAUUCUCUGGAGCUGGAAGCAACGAAGAAUGGCUGAAAGGGGAUGCUGAAUUCAAAGAAGAACCCCGGACUGAAUAGAAUUCUGGCAGAGGAAACCAUCCGCAAAUAAAUUCUUCUUAGUUCUCCGUCUCAAAUUCAUCAUUUUCCCGUGACUUUAACUUCAAUAAAUACUUUAUUAAGGUUUACUCGUGUCUGUGACCAGAACACGUUCCUGCAUUUUUCGCUGAUUUAUAAGUUUUAGGUGGAUUCGUAACGUGCAGGCGAGUGUUCAAGUCCGACAUACGUGAUGUUUCCAUUCAAAAAUUGUAGGGCGACUGCAAAAGGGGCGUCAAACAGUAGGUCGGUUAGGGUAACUAUGGUAAGGUUAUAACAAUUAGAAAAUAAUAAAUAGGACGGCAAUGUAAUUAAUAUAGAUAUUUUCAUUAGUUAACAUUUAUCAACAUAACUUAUUGUGAACUAACUGUAAUAAUUAAUCGGUAGCUUUGAUAGCUCUUAUAUAAAAUAUAUUUGCAUAGAAAAUUAUUUAUAUUUUAUUUUUCAUU